AUGUAUAAACCUCCUCGACUACCUUUGGAUUAUGGAUGCGCCAAUAAGAAUACAAUCUGGCGCAAUGCAUUAAACUUUAACAGACAAGAAAAGCGAUGGAUCCGCGGAUAUUUAAGAACUAUUUGGAUUUUUCAAUUACUGGGACUUUCUGUAGGUGCAAGUGUAUCAGCACCCAAAGUGGAACACGAGGGGCUUUGUCCCAACACAUUGAACACAAACCUCUGGGUUGACGCACAAAGCACCUGCGAGAGGGAAUGCAACGUUGACGAGGACUGUGCCGACUUUGAGAAGUGCUGCACCAAUGUGUGCGGCCUCAACAGUUGCGUUGCUGCACGGUUCUCUGACGGUACGACUGCUCAGCCUGGUGGCUUUGGAGGAGGGAAAGGGGAUGGUCCACCAGGCUCCACGGCAACCUGCGAUGGAUUCAUCUGCAGCCAGCAGGGAGCCACAUGUGACAUCUGGGACGGGCAACCCAUCUGCAAGUGCCAGGACCGGUGCGAGAAAGAGCCCAACUUCACCUGCGCAUCUGAUGGCCUCACAUACUUCAACCGCUGCUACAUGGAUGCAGAGGCCUGUAUCCGGGGGGUGACUCUAACGGUAGUCACCUGCAGAUUCUACCUUGCAGGACCCCACACUAGUCCGCUACCUCAGGACACAACUGCUAAUCCCACACCAACAUCCUCUCAAGAGCACCCGAUGCCACCCACGCUGUACUCCAACCCUCAUCACCAGUCUAUUUAUGUUGGAGGCACGGUUAGCUUCCACUGUGAUGUUAUAGGCAUCCCCAGACCUGACGUAACCUGGGAGAAACAAAGUGAGCGGCGUGAGAGGCUGGUCAUGAGGCCGGAUCAAAUGUACGGCAAUGUGGUGAUUACCAACAUCGGACAGCUAGUCAUCUACAAUGCUCAGGUGUGGGACACGGGCAUCUACACUUGCAUCGCACGCAAUUCCGCAGGGGUUCUCCGUGCUGACUACCCCUUAUCAGUUAUACGUCGGGCUGAUGACGACUUCUCCGAAGAUCCAGAGAUGCCAAUGGGGAGGCCCUUCUCACCAGCAGAUUGUCUGGCUGAAGUGGACACGAGAACAUGCAGUGGUGAGCGCCAUGUGGAUUGGUAUUACGACAGCAAGCUUGGCUCCUGCAUGGCGUUCAGCAACAGUGGAUGCGAGGAUAGCCGCAACCGAUUUGAGACUUAUGAGGAAUGUAAAGCCUCCUGCCAGAGAGAGGGCAUGGGGAUCUGCUCCCUCCCUUCAGUCCAGGGUCCCUGCAAAGCUUGGGAAGUGCGUUGGGCUUGGAAUUCUAUCAUGAAACAGUGCCGAGCGUUCGCCUAUGGUGGCUGCCAGGGGAAUGCUAAUAGCUUUGCCACACAAAAGGAAUGUGAAGCAAACUGCCCAACACCCAAAAGGAAACCUUGCAAGACAUGCCGGGUUAAGGGGAAAAUGGUUCCCAGUCUAUGUCGCAGUGACUUUGCCAUUGUGGGGAGGCUAACUGAGCUCGUUGAGGAUCUGGACUCAGGAUUGGCCCGCUUUAGCUUGGAAGAAGUUCUCAGAGAUGAAAAGAUGGGCUUGACUUUCUUCAACACCAAACACCUUGAGGUGACCAUUGACAGGAUAGACUGGAGUUGUCCCUGCCCAAACAUCACUAUGGAGGAGAACCCCCUACUGGUGAUGGGGGUGGUGCAAGACGGCAUGGCAGUCAUCCAUCCAGACAGUUACGUCAGGGCAAUAACUGAUCGCAGACUUAAGAAGCUCCGUGAGGUUCUGGUUAAAAAGACCUGCCAGACAUUGUAA